AUGGGUCACCCCGUCACCCUCGCCACUUGUUCACUCAACCAGUGGGCACUCGACUUUGAGGGCAACCUGCAGCGCAUCCUCCAAUCCAUCACACAGGCAAAGGCAAAGGGCGCUCGCCUCCGCGUCGGUCCCGAGCUCGAAGUGCCGGGCUAUGGCUGCUUCGAUCACUUCCUCGAGGGAGACACCGUAUUGCAUUCUUGGGAGGUACUGACGCAGAUCCUGCAGGGAGAUGCUACCGAUGGGAUCAUCUGCGACAUCGGCAUGCCUGUGCUGCACCGCUCCACACUCUACAACUGCAGGGUCCUCGUAUUGAAUCGGAAGAUCCUCAUGAUCAGGCCAAAGCUACAUCUUGCAAACGAUGGCAACUAUCGUGAGAUGAGGUACUUCACACCCUGGUCGAGGCGAGGGGAGACAGACGACUUCUCCUUGCCGAGAAUGAUCAGAGAGGUGACAGGGCAAGAAGUGGUGCCCCUUGGAGAUGCAGUCAUUGCGACCAGGGACACAGUUGUAGGUGUAGAGCUAUGCGAAGAGCUCUUCACUCCCAACAGUCCGCAUCUCGCCAUGGGACUCGAUGGAGUGGAGAUCUUUGUCAAUUCGAGCGCCAGUCAUCAUGAGCUGCGCAAGCUCUACCGCCGGGUGGAACUGAUCAAGGAGGCAACGAUGAAGCUGGGAGGGAUCUACCUAUAUGCCAAUCAGCAAGGUUGCGAUGGUGACCGCCUCUACUACGAUGGCUGUCCCCUCAUCGCUCUCAAUGGCUCCAUCGUUGCCCAGGGCUCUCAAUUCUCGCUUGACGACGUCCAAGUGGUGACAGCUACUGUGGAUUUGGAUGAUGUCAAGACAGCUCGUACGGCAAAGUCACGAGGCAUGCAGGCUAGCUUCAGCCGGGAGAUCAACAAUGGCAGAGGAUUCGAAAGGGUCAAGGUAGACUUUGAUCUGGGCGAGAGAGAUCAAUGGUCCGGCUCAAAGUUCCCUCAGCUAGACGUAGGAGGUGGAGUAGCGGGCGAAGAUGAUCGUCGGCCGUCGCAUAAAGAGCAUGACCCUGAUGCUGCUACUACCAUCGCCACCUCUGCCGAGCAACGAAACGAAGUCUUUUACCACACUCCAGAGGAAGAGAUUGCUCUAGGUCCAGCAUGUUGGCUGUGGGACUACCUCCGUCGAUCUCGGACGCAGGGAUACUUCAUCCCUCUCUCCGGCGGCAUCGACUCUUGCGCUACUGCCACCAUCGUCCACUCUAUGUGCCGGCUCGUGUAUCAAGCAUGCCAGGCAAAGGGCAAGGGAAUCAACCAGCAGGUGUUGGACGACGUGCGGAGAAUCUGUGGAAUGGAGGACAAGGUCAAUUGGGUGCCUGACUCACCACAAGACAUCGCAAAUCGCAUCUUUGUCACUUGUUACAUGGGCACCUCGAAUUCCAGCGAAGAAACUCGCUCACGCGCUAGGGAGCUAGCCGAAGCAAUUGGCUCGUAUCACAUCGAUCUCAACAUGGAUCUCAUCAUCUCUGCAAUAGUCACCCUGUUCUCAUUGGUGACCAACAAGACUCCUAGAUUCAAGGUUCACGGUGGAAGUCCGGGAGAGAAUCUAGCGCUGCAGAACAUUCAAGCACGACUGAGGAUGCUACUUGCGUACAUGUUCGCUCAGCUGACGCCUUGGGUCAGAGGCGGUACGGGGGGUCUCUUGGUGUUAGGAAGCGCUAAUGUCGAUGAAAGUCUACGUGGCUACCUCACAAAGUACGACUGCUCGUCGGCAGAUGUCAACCCAAUCGGUGGCAUCUCCAAGACAGAUCUCAAGUCCUUCAUCGCAUAUGCUUGUACCGCCUUCGACCUACCAGUGCUUGACAAGUUCCUCAAUGCCACGCCCACUGCCGAGCUGGAGCCGAUCACUGAGAAUUACGUGCAGGCUGACGAGGCCGAUAUGGGCAUGACCUACGACGAGCUUUCCAUCUUUGGCCGUCUACGUAAAGUGUCCAAGUGCGGUCCCUACAGCAUGUACCUCAAGCUACUUAGCACCCCCUCCUGGUCCUCCUCCAUGAGUCCCACCGAGAUCGCUCGCAAGGUCAAGCUCUUCUUCUUUGAGUAUGCACGGAACCGACACAAGAUGACAACUUUGACGCCGAGCUAUCACGCGGAGAGCUACAGUCCGGAUGACAAUCGAUUUGAUCUCAGACCUUUCCUCUACCCGUCGAGAUUUCCUUGGCAGUUCAAGAAGAUUGACGAGUUGAGCGAGAGGGUGAGUCAAAGGGCGAUUGGCGUUGUCAGAUCUGCGACUCAUCCUGAGCAAUCUUUUUGCUGCUCUACAGGUUCCUGA